AUGGUGGGCGGCGGUGGCGGGGUCGGGGGUGGCCCCCUGGAGAACGCUAACCCUCUCAUCUACGAGCGCUCUGGGGAGCGACCCGUGACCGCGGGCGAGGAGGACGAGCAGGUGCCCGACAGCAUCGACGCGCGCGAGAUCUUCGAUCUGAUUCGUUCAAUCAAUGACCCGGAGCAUCCGUUGACGCUGGAGGAAUUGAACGUAGUGGAGCAAGUUCGAGUUCAGGUGAGCGACUCAGAGAGCACAGUGGCGGUGGCUUUCACUCCCACCAUUCCGCACUGCAGCAUGGCCACCCUUAUUGGCCUGUCCAUCAAAGUUAAGCUGCUUCGAUCCCUUCCCCAGCGUUUCAAGAUGGACGUGCACAUUACACCAGGGACCCAUGCCUCAGAGCAUGCAGUGAAUAAACAGCUGGCAGAUAAGGAGCGGGUAGCUGCCGCCCUGGAGAACACCCACUUGCUGGAGGUUGUGAACCAGUGUCUGUCAUCUCGCUCAUGA